AUGGAGAAGGCAUCCCCUCCGUCGAGCACCCUGGCGCUGCUAGUGGCACUGUGCCCGUGUCUGUUCUACUUCAUUUGCUCGCUGGCCAUGAAUCUUCUCACAAAGACGCUAGUAACGACGUUUCAGUGGCGCUUCGUCUACACUUUGGGCGCCAUCCAGAGCAUCUUCACGCUCACAAGUCUCACGUUGCCGUCGACUGUGCGGUUCACUGGCAUUAAACAGCAGUCUAGCGGUGAGCCUGCGAAGCACAAGCAUCAACGUGUAAUUUACGGUAUACGCGUGUUGCUUCCAUUGAUGGCUCUACAUUUGAGCAACAUGCUGCUGGGCUUCGCGAGUCUGCAGGUGGUGAACCUGCCCAUGUACUUGGUUCUGCGUCGAUUGACAACCAUUACGGUCUUGCUGAUCGAGUGGCUUGUGCUGGACAAGCUCGUGAUCCUCAACAGCAUCGCCGGUGCAGUGUGUUGCUCCCUGCUUGGAUUCGCCUUUGAACGCGACGAGGUGCUGGAAUUUCCUCACUUCAAUGAUCCGCGUUUUGUCUCUGGAAUGGUGAUCAUGUGUACAUGUAGUACGUGA